AUGCACUUCAGCAACCUCCUCGUCGGCCUCGCCGCCACCGCCAGCACGGCCUUCGCCGCCCCGUCGUCCAACAUCAACGCCCGCGCCGACGCCGUCUCCGCCAUGGCCGCGGUGCCGCAAUGGACCAUCAAGUCGUUCACACGGACGUGCGACGCGGCCGACACCAAGUGCACGGUCUCGUUCGGCAUCGACACAGGCAGCGGCGCGGCGGCCACCCAGUGCCAGUACGACGCGACGGGCGCGCCCGCCAGCCGCACCGCCACCAACGGCGUCACCUGCGGGCCCUACACCCUCAGCUCCAGCUGGAGCGGCCAGUUCGGCGAGGGCAACGGCUUCACGACCUGGUCUGUCGUCGACUGGUCCAAGCGCCUCAUCGUCUGGCCUGCCUACACGGACAAGGAGCUUGUUAACGGCAAGGCCGUCACGCCGGACAAGAGCUACGCGCCGCAGACUCUGGCUUGA